CGCGAGAGUUUCGUUCGUUCAGUCAGUCAGUCAGUCGAAGUCAGUUGGUCGGUCUGUCGGUCGGUCUCGGUUUGGUUGAGAUUUUAGUUUCGCUUUUGAUUUGGUUCGGUUUGGUUUUGUUGGUUUUGGUUUCGGUUUGCUUGGGGCUUAUGUGAGACUACUGAUUAGUCGACACUUUUAUAAUAGGGGGUAGCCCCCUCAUCGAUAGAUAACUGCUGUUGUUGUUUGGGUUGAGCUUACAGUUACGGGAGGAGAAAAAAAAGUGUUCGGUGACAGUUGCUGUUAGCCGCGAUAGUCUCUUACGGAAGUUGUCCUCUUUGUGGUCAAUCGGCAGCCCGCAGGCGGAUGUGGAGUGCGAUUUGAUACACUUAUUAUUCCCCAUUUUUUCAAGUAGAUGAUCCGGGUGGGGAACUUCCGCCCGCUAUGGAAAUAACAAUCAACAGCUGUGGAAGAAACGAAAGUAAACUAACAGCAGCCGUGGUGAGUCAACAACAUCAGGCGCAGCAGCAACAGCAACAGGAACGGUGCUCGCCAACGCAGCCCCCAAUCAGCAGCGCCACCCAAAGCAACAGCAGCAGCAGUAGCACCAACAACAAUACAAAUUCCUCCGAUCUAAAGUACCUGCAUAAGAAGUUUAAGCGAAUCGCGAGUGCCACCCUGACCAAUCACGACGAUAGUGGCAACAGCAGCAGUAAUAGUAAUAGUAUCAAUACUAGUGGCAGUGAAUCGAAACCAGUAGUGGCCAUUACGUCAGCCCCGCCGUCGGCCGCAAGAAGUAGUAACACCGUUAGUGGCACUAGUAGUAGUAGUAUUAGUAGUAGUACAAUUGGCAAUGCUACCCGACCAGAAGCGGCAUUUGUAACGACGACGACGACGACGUCCACGAGUGCCACUGUCCCUGCCCCAGUCCAAUGUGCCAACAACAACGAGUCAAGGAGUGAAUUAUUGGUCAACUCGGCUCAUGAAUACCCAUCGCUGCUGGAACGACGGCCUACGACGGUAGAUCAGCAGCAGCGUCACCAUCAUAUAGCGGCCCCGAUUGAUGAGAACAUCGUCAUCUACAGUCGCCAUCAAUUAACCCCUUCGAGUGCUGAACUCCAACAGCAGCAGCAGUCGAUCAAUAGCAGUAACGGUGCUUCCUUGAAUUGCGCUAACGACAUUAUUAGUGACAGUCAUAGUUUUAUCAGCGGUGAUCUUAUUCCCAGACCGAGUGAAGAACUCAAGCCAUACUAUCCCAGUGUAAAUAACAAUAAUAACAGUAGUGCUACUAUCAAUUUAAGUUUGAGUGAUUCAAGUGAGAGAAACCGAUGCGCGAGCCACGGAAGCAGCACGACCAGUCGAAGUAGUACGCUAUCGCCGCCCGAGUCCAACGUGCGGUUAUCAUCCUCGUACGACGGUGCUGCCAAUAGCUUGACCUUUGCCACCAUCGCCCAUCAGCAGCAGCAGCACCACAACCAUCACCUGGUGGUACAAAACCUCCAAACUCUCCAACAAUUUCCCCCUCGACCACCGUACGACGGUAGCAACCAAAGUUCGCUUCCGUAUACCCUCAACAACCACAACAAUAACAGCAGCAGCAGUCCGAGUCCCAAUCCAAGUGGCGCUGGCGGUAUUCCGGCGGCGCAGACAAACGUUCCGGCUCCGGGUCGAUAUGUGUGCCCCUUUUGCCAGAUGAAUUGUAGCAAACCAUCGGUGUUGGAGAAGCACAUCCGGCGGCAUACGAACGAGCGACCGUUUCGGUGCGAUCCCUGCGGAAUCGCGUUCAAAACCAAGAGCAACCUGUACAAACACUGUCGUUCCCGAGCCCAUGCUUCCAAAAGCCAAGGUGAAGAUCUUGGUCCAGUGCUAGACGAGGAAGGUUCCCUCGGCGGUUCGGAUAUCGACGACAAGGAGCUGAGUAAUAGUGGUUCAGAAAUUAUCAAUCGAAACUCCCCAAUGGACGAUCGGAUCCAUUCGCCCCAACUCUUGGUGGAGAAACCGUACAAACCCAAAUUCCACAAUGCAGCUCUGUACACCAAGUUCGAUGCGACCCGAUUGAUGAGCGAAAAGUUUGGCGUCUCUGGACAGCAACAGCUGCCCGGGAAUGGACCUUAUCCCACUAACUAUUCCCAAUCGGUGGCCGGAAACCAACCCGGGGCACUUCCAACAGGAAACAGUGUUCACCCAGGUACCCCGACUGCUGCACAUGCUUAUUUGAACGGUCAAAACGUGGAAUCGCUCGAGCAACACAUUUCCAAGCUGAUUUCGGACAAUGAAGCAAUCGUGGAGGUCGUGGAAGCUCCACUGCAGAAGAAGUAUCAUAAGAUAACCGGAAUAACGCGAGGCAUAUCGGUGACCUCCAGCGCUGGACAGCAGGGUCCCACUGGGUCUGAGUCUAGCUCGUCUUCGAGUGGAUCCACCAAUAAUGCUAGGAUAGCAAAUGCGUUGCUCCUCAAACAGCAGCAGCAACACCAGCAACGAUUGAAUGAGGAACUGCUAAUGCAACAGCAUCAGCAUCAUCAGCAACAGCUGGUUCAGCUCCAUCAGCCAUACGCUCCCACAAACCUAGUUCCGAGUGAGCAAAAUGUGAUAAUCAUAUCGAAUAGGAUAGCUUCAAGCCAAGCGAAACCGGUCACCCAGUUGCCGGUCGUAGUUCCGCAGAAUCAUGUAAUGGUCCAGCCAUCACAAAUUGUCAGUAGAUCUCCAAACCGAGGACCAGAAGUAGUGCAAUACCAGCAACCGCUGAACCUUAGUAAACCCGUCGUGAUGAGCGAAGCUGCGUUGGAGAUGGACCACUUUCGGAAACGUGCCAACGAGAUGCGUUUCAGUAGAGAACCAUCUCCGGCACCAUCAACAGCUCAGUUUCAUCAAGCAUCACCGGCUCCAGUCGUUCCACCAUCUCCUCAGAUUCAGCCAUCACCGGUUAAUGACCACCCGCAGAACCCAGAAAAAUCUAUUAUUAAAGAUCUGCUUUUGAAUUCGGAACGUUUUGGAAUCGUUCAAAAUCCGGAAAAUGAAAACCUGGAAAACCUGUUCACCUGUAAGUCGUGCAAUACCAUCUUUCGGAACGCCGAAGCUCUGAAAUAUCACACCAUUUGUCACUGCGAAGGCAAUAGCAGUGCCCUCAACAGUCCGUCUUCCAGUGCACCGAUCAGCCCUGUGGGGUCACCAUCGAUGAACUUUUUCCGCUCCCGCAUGGAUAGAUACAAUCCAACGAGCCUCAAAACCUUAGCCAGAGUAUCUUUGAACCCUCCGGCCCCGAAAACUCCUUGCUCUCUUUCAAAGUUGGCCAAAUCGAAGUUGAAAGGAACACGAGGGCAACGUCCGGACAACAUUUCCGUAUUGUCUAAGGAAAGCGGUUCUUCCAGUAGCUCGAUGGCUGCAGGUCCUUCUCAUACCCCAGUAUCCAGUGUGUCACCGGCUGCCGUUGUCAAAGUAAUGGAAGCAGUACAAAAUCCUCUCCCCUCGCCGGGACCUUUGCUGGGCAAUACUCGAUUGGUAGAUUUCCAAAGCAGUAGUAAACCGGAGAGUAGUAAAGCUUUCCAGGAAAGCAACGUGAUAUCCCAUGUACAAAGUGAAAAGUCUCCGGUGCGGAAGCGAUCUGUUUAUAUGAACGAAGAUCAGCUGCCACAGUCCCCAAGGCGGGUACAAAACCACCCGAGCCUGCAACUGUUCGGUGGCAAUAUGGAAGUGAUUGAUCGAACCGAAGAACUGCCUGCUCAUCGUUACACUUCCGGUGGAACUGUCACUCGCAUAGCGCAGGACGUAGAUAAGGAGAUGAACGAUUCGGUUCGCAUGGGAAUGCAUUCGGGAGGAAGUUUUCUCCACCUACCAAAACCUGGACGCAGUGAUAGCACUUCACCGGGGCUUCCAGUUAACGCAGCAACAUCCAAGCUGGUAGUAACGAUCACUCCGACACUGACACCGAACUUUUACUCCAAUCACCAGCAUCAAUCGACGGCUUCAUCUGAAAGCGCCUCCAAUAUCACCCAUUUCCAUUUUCCACCAAUAAACGCAAUAACAGCUUUUAACCCACUCACACUGCCACAAGUGUCUGCCUCGCCCGGCCAAGCUACACAAAUCAUGCAUGCAGGAAAAUUGAUACCUUACGUUCAAGGCAUGCCCGGACCCAAUUCUAUGGCGAGUGAAGUUCAGCUGCAUGUGAAAUCCAGCCCUCGCAUCACUCCUAUUGCUGCCACUAGCAACAACGUCAAUCCAACAGUGCUUCAGUCGAUUUCGAUCUCGACUGGUAACCACCAUCAUCUUCCAAUGGUGCCCGGUCAGAACACCAAAAUUCAAUCUCCCUCACUACUGUCGAUUGUCAAACCAUCGUCCGUUGUACCACCAGUGAAAAACGGCUUGCACAAGGAAAUUUGGUCCCCAGCCAAGCAGGAUCUCGGCUACAAUGUUCCACCGAAGAAGAGUUUCAAUUUUACCAGGAUCGCUGAUAAUCUUAGCCCCCGAAAGAAGGACUCCUUCGAACCGGUUAUUAAAAAGGAAGAAAUUCGUCAUUUCAACUUUGAAAAUUUGAUUUCCAAAUCGGAAAUCAUUAUCAAAACGCCCGUUGUUCCUACCGACGUCAAAAUGGAACAACCGGAGCCGAAAUUCUCCCUGGACGUUCAACCACAACCCAUCUCGGGCAAAGCGAAAUUCCUAAGACCAAACUCACUGCCGCUCAAGCCAGGAACCUUCACACCUAAACGGCAUCACGGUAUCACUCCAACAAACAAUACCAUGCCGCUAAUAUCUCCCGAAACUCCAAGACCGUCCAAGUCUUGCCGAGAGCUCUAUUUCAACGGCCACGCCUACACCAACAUCGGUCUCAAAUCCAGCACCAAACCAUUCUACUGCACUGUUAACAAAACUCAACCCUUUUACGUUCAAACCCAGAAACAGCUCUCAAUGUACAGCAACUGGCAGGUUCACCCGGAAAACGAUCCUCACCCACUAGGCCUAAAACCAAUAGCCGUCAUGGCGUUGUACAACAGCACUCAGCAACGCAAUCAUCAAUAUUCGAUAGCCGCUUCGACGAAACCCUCACUUUCGGUUGUCAACUCCAGUUCGGCUUCAGUCUGCGUCAUGACCACGAUGGAAGCGAAAACGAACUUCCCCACCUAUCAACCACCUCCCUUCCCAUCGCCAAACAGUGCCAACAGCUCCCUGCAGCAAGCACAUCUUCCACCACACUUGAAACAAUCAUUCGUCGGGUUGCAACAAUUCACAGCCGACAGCUUCCCCCCACAUCCACCCCGAAGCGAGUCCUCAGAGCGGACCCUUUCCGGUGGGUUCGAAAGCACCGAAGAGUACACAUAUGUGCGGGGCCGGGGCCGCGGCAAGUACGUGUGCAAAGAGUGCGGCAUCCGCUGCAAGAAGCCCUCGAUGCUGAAAAAACACAUCCGCACCCACACCGAUGUGCGGCCGUACUCCUGCCAGCACUGCAACUUCCAUUUCAAAACAAAGGGCAAUCUGACGAAGCACAUGAAGUCGAAAAGUCACUUUAAGAAGUGUACCGAGUUGGGGUUGAAUCCGAUUCCGACCAUGGUCGAUGACGACGGGAUGGACGUGGACAUCGAGGGUGAUCAGCAGUCCAUUUCGAGCGAGCGAACGUCGACCAUUCCUGGUGAUUCAGACACCGGAUCGGAUAGCGAUGGGGAGGAUAGUGGUGAUGAGAGUGAUGAAUCGAAAAGCCGGCUUCCGGAGCACGAGGCGGCUCACUGUCUGCUAUCGCUUUCGAUGACCCCACCAACUAGUAGUCAGCAACCAGCAAGUUCGAAAAGCUAUCCCAGCCCAAUGUCCUACCACCUGCAGCAGCAACAGUACCACCAAGAGCAGCGUAAUCGUGUCGCCUUUUCACCGCUCUCAUCAUCAUCGGCAGGUCAGUUGGAGUUGCAUUUACACUCACCUCAGCAGCACCCGUUGCUACCAGGUGAGAGUCAACCGAAUCGUCGGAUCAUCACUUUUGCCAACACGCCAAAGGUGGAGUUCAAGCUGGACCAGUACUAUGACGAUCCUAAUUUGAGUAAGAAGCAGUUCGGCAAAGAGGAUGACGGAGCGAUGCCGAUAGAUUUGACUAAAAAACCUCGAGAAGCCUUGGAGGUGGGUCAUCGGCAACAACAGCAGCUGGUUAAUCGUUCGCAACAGGUGAUUGUGCGGGUGAGCGAUGUGGUUACUCCGAUUACCGGGACGGCAAAUUUGCUGACUACAUUGGUUUCGAAUACAGAUAAGAUACCGAUAAACCCCCAUGGGUUCAUACCUAACGGGAAGGAUCAGCUGUUGGUGGGUGAUAACAAUGAGUACUUCCAGGAGUACAUAAAACAGAGAGCCCUCCAGGAUACCAGGAUGAAACAGUGCCAGAUGAAGGUGAGUGGCGCGGCAAAUGGUGCAGAUGCUGGUGUUAACCAAGCGAUGUUUGAAGAGCAUCAACUACUGCCGCAGUCGCCUAUGGUUAUUAUACCUGAGGUGGUGCCUCCUCCAAAGGUUGCGGGACCACCUGAAAAACCUUUGUAUCGGAUGAUCAAUGGCGGCAGAAGUUUGGAGAGGAAACCACCGGUAGAGUUGAUUGCAUCACCGGCUGUUGUGAGCAGUGGUGAAGUGAUGGUGCCAACAGAGGUUGGUCCGGUUAAACCGCAAAACGUGCCCACAUUUAGCAAUAGAGAAGAAAUUGUGGGUCCGAAGGAAGCGGUUAUUGCCGAGAGCUUGGCAGAGUCAACUAGUGUUUCCAGGUUGGAUAACGUUGCUGAAGUUCCGGCUGUUCCGUCGUCUGAACCCGUGACGGUAGGGGUUCAGCGACCUAGAAGUGAUAGUGUCAAGAAUACCGGCGGGACUCCAACUGUUAGUGGAGCAGCGAUUGAAUCCAGUAAUGAAGGUGCCAAAAACGUUGCUUCCGAAUUUUUGAAACUAGCUGCUAAAACUGUGAGUGGUAUCAGAAAACGGGAAGACAGUGAAAGUGGGACAGCUUCCGAUCAAGAGACUUUAGCGGUUCCUAGUCCAAAAGUAAAUCCUAUAGUAGCCCCGGUAGUUGUGGUUCCCUCACCUGCAAAUCCAACUGCUGGCGAAUCGCUCGAUCGAGGCGCGAUCGUCGCUGCCAGAACAGUGGUAGUUGGAGAAGACGGAUUCAAAUCAACCCCAGCGGGUUCGGAGUUCUCUUCCUUAACUCAUUUCCAGGACGACGGAGGUCGACCGGUCUGUGAAAUUUGUCAUAAAAAGUUCCACAAAAUUUCCCAGCUAAAGAUCCACAUGAACAUCCACUACAUGGAAAGGAAGUUCCGAUGCGAACCAUGUGGAACGAGUUUCCGAUCGCAAGGUCUCUUCCUGAAACACGAACGAUCGGCAACCCACAGGAAUAAGGUUUCGAUGACGACUACAUUUGGAAUCGCAACCGAUUCAAAUCCCCGCCCAUUCUACUGCCGCGAUUGUGACGUCGGCUUUCGGAUACACGGUCAUCUGGCAAAACAUCUACGCUCGAAGAUGCACGUCCUCAAGUUGGAGUGUCUUGGUAAGCUUCCGUUCGGUACCUACACAGAAAUCGAACGAUCCGGGACCAAUCUUACCGAGAUCGAUACCACCGAUUGCGAGAAUUCGUUGUCCAGUUUGAAGAUGCUGGCCAUCCGGUUGAACGUUAAGGAUCCCGCCAAUAUUUUACCUGGCGGUGGUUCGACGACCGGUGAUGAAGCAGCAGGGGGCAACGAGACGGACAGUUGUGACGAUAAUCAGUACGCGGACGAGGAAGACGACAGUCAGCAAGACGAGACCGGCGAUGAUCAGCAGGAUGAUUUGGCGGACUCGGAUCAUCAGUCGCAACCCUCGUUGGUGGUGGCCAACAAUAACCAUCUGAAACGGAAACCUGAUGAAGGCAGUACUACAACAGGCUGGGAAGAGGGCGGCGGCAGCGAUCCCAAACGAGCUAGACCUGAGGGCAGUGUUGUAAGUAGUCAGGGAUCGGAAGACUCGUAACGGAGUUGAGGAAAUCAAUGUAGCCUAGGGUCUUGAGAAGCAUGACUGUGAGUUGGUGAUAAUGCUCAGAAAAUUUAGGGUGUGCAAAAGUUUCAAUCUGAGAGAGAAUUCUGCCUGGCUGCAGAUUCUACGAGGAGAUGUGUAGGGUGCUUGUGCAUCAACACACGCUCCAAUUGAAUUGCACACCUAGAAGGUUAACGCCCAGACUGUCAAACUUUAAACCAAAACAUUAUGAUUCAUUCUGUUGUGGGACAAACGAAGGAACACUCUUAUUCUGAAAAUUAAGAGUAAUCAGGUUAAAAUCUUGAAGUGAGAUAUUUGGCCACAGUUGAACGUACAUGCAAACCAAGUAACCUUUUUUUUAAUUAUCUGAUUUCUCAAACCGUCAUUCAGAAACGAAUUGAUUGGAAUAUAACUAUGGGAAUUUUGGUCUAUUCUAUCUUCUAUUCUUUUUUAAACGUUCUAUGUUCUUCUAUUUCUCCUUGUUUCAUGUUUUGAAACGCAAACCUUCCAUAAAUCUGUACUAAGAAAAAAGUUGUUCAAGAGAUUGUUCUCUCUGUUUUAUCAUUUUAUUGUAUUGUACCUUCAAAUAAUAUUAAAUAUGAUCUUGGAUGUUGAUGCUUAGGAAGUUACACACUCUAAACUUUUAAAGGAAGAGUCAUAGGUUCAAUUUAAAUCUGGGAGUAACAAAUUAUCUCUAUUCGCAGCUCACAGUUCAUGUUCAAUGUACGACUCUUUAAAUGUGCCAAAAUAGACAAACAAAAAGUCUUAAUGAAAGACAUGAAAAACUACCGGUCAUCAAGUGCCAACAUGUGUUUAUAGAAGGUAACAACACACUAGAAGAAUGCAAACCGAAAUAGUAAAAAAAAAUAUUUGCAGGCAAACGGUCAAGGUUGUACACACUAAAGUUGUAUUCUCGCGCUUUGUUUUAAGCAGCAUUACCUUUGAUUCUUAUUCAAUCGAAACUAAGACAAAACAAACAAAUCGGGGCAUAAUUAUCAACAAACAAAACUUGAAAAAAGAAAGGGAUUUGAUGAAAAAAAAACAAAAAAGCGCAUUAGUGAUAUUUCGUUCUUUCUAGCUGUUCUAUAGAUUCGUUUUGCAAAAUAGCUUUAACAGUUUUUAACCUUAAGUUUGCAAUCCCGGGCGCACCGAUAGAAAACCAAAUCGGAAUUGCCAGAAAUCGUUUUAUUUUUCGUUAGUUCUUUAAAACAGAAGCUUAGCCUUCGUUAGGAUUUUCUUUCCUACUCCUAAGCAGCGAGGAAAUGUGAUCAUUUAGGAUUUGUUUAAGCAUAAGUGAAAUAAUUUGCAAUUUGAGAAAGAGAAAAUUAUAAUAAAAAAAAGGGAAAAUACUCUGCACUGCGCGGUUGAAAAUGUGAAACAGAAAUUACUAAGAAAAACCGCAGAACCAUAACUUUAUCUAUUAUCAAAAAAACAAAACAAAAAAUCUAAACCCGAAUAUGAUUCGGUAAAUCACGCGUGCAUAUUGCAUCGAAAUGCUUCACUUUAGUUAGUGUUUAAUAGUGACAUAGGAUAAGGGUACCUACCGAUAAAAAAAAACUAUUGAUAUAAUCUGAUUUGAUAGAGGAAUCGAAACAAAAAAAACCAACAAAAAUGAGGAACAGAAAUUGCAAAACAACAGUAGUGUGGUACUAAGGCCACAAGCGAUCCGUUAUUGUAACUACUGAUGUAUUUUAUAUUCUAUAUAUUUCUGUAUCAAAGGUAUUGAUGAAGAAGCAUACAAGUGGAAGUGGUAGGCACUUUUGUAUUAGUUUUACACAAACAAUCCCGUAUUUCUCUUCCCAAAAGUAAUACCGUUUAUACCUAACAACGCGAUAUGUAGUGUAGUAAUUCAAUCGAUUCGCCAAUCGAUUGUGUUCGAGCCACACACCUAUACACAACCAUAUAUCUACAUAUAUAUUUAUAUACACAUACACACACCCACGCCAAUGAUGCGGAACUAACACAAACAAACAUCAUUAAAUAUCCAUAUAUUUGUAAAACGUCUUUUUCGAAGUAACGUAAACUAUUCGCAACCAAUUUUAUACUGAAACUGCAAAGAGGGAAGUUAAAAGAAAACCCGUAAAAUCAACCAUCCAAUAUUUGCUUUCGAAGGGAAGAAACUCUCAUGAUCAGACUUGAAAACGGGCUGAACGAAAUGAAUGAUUGCCCAAUCUUCACCGAUUUGUUAACGAAUUUCAAAGUUCGUUGAUUCCUACAUUUUUUUAAAAUUCACAUCGAUCUUUCCUUUACUUGGAUAACUAGAAAAUACGCUGUGAAAAUCGGAACUAAAAUAAUUGUAGUCGUACUACUGACAAAAAGUUGAUCUUAAAAACCCUCGUAUGCUCUAAAAGCUGUUGUAUUUUGCAUAUCAUUUAGUCCCAACAAACGGGAAUACCCCGUUCGAAAUGCGUAAAUGGCCCGUUGCAACAGCCCCCGAAAGUAUCCAUUCAGUAAAUAUGAGUAUAUAAAAUCGAACGGUUCCCACAAAUUUACUACCUAUUCAUAUUCGUGAUCGAUAUACAUACAGCAUAUAUAGUCAUAUUGAGUAUAUUUUUGUACAUUAUUUUAUUCGGUACCCAGUCCCUUUUUGUCCAAAACAAAUCAAACCUUCUAGGUUCCCUUUUUUUCUUCUCCUUUUCCUCUCCCGCCCUAGAUCUAACGGUUAAGUGAACAGAAAACAUGUGGAUAAGAUUUAACACAAAAAACAAAGCUGUGUAAUAAACAAGAUGAACAAUUGUGCAGUAAGAGUCAAAGCAAACUCUCAUCCAAAUAUGGCAAAAUAAACCUGAAAAAUGUAUGUGGAAUAUUGAA